AUGUUUCGAGACGAGAGCAGCAAGGUGAUACAAAAAGCACAUGCGCAAUGGGGGGUUGGCGAAUCCUCUGAGGGCCUGUCAACACAAACAUCCUCCAGCUCUCUGGCUUCUUCUUACUCGUCCAACAGCUCUACACAAGCCUCUUCCGUUUCUGCUUCUUCCUCUAUAACAUCUCUACACAGCUAUCCUGGGCCUGCAGCGAUAGCAUCCUCCUAUAAAUCAUUCAAAGAUGGUUGGCCAACAUCUCCUGAUUCAACUGCGAGCCAGCAAACAGCAUCGCCAACUCCUCAAUCUCCCGCUUCGUCUUUAUAUCAUACAACCUCAAAUGCUUCAACGGCACAGCGUAUCGUCAUACGGCCACCAAGGCUUUCGCCACCAAUCGAUCCAAGUCUCGAGGAGCAGGGCGUUCAGUUCUAUGUCAACCGUUACCUGAUAGGCCAUCCAGAUGAGCCCAGGUCCCCCGGCGAUUUGUCGCACACGGAAUGGCUAUGGGACCCUGCUGUUCAGGACGUAAUGGCCGCGGUUGGCCUCGCUAGCCUUUCCAACCUCAAAGACGAUCCCAGCAUGAUGACGAUAGCCCGUCAACGAUAUGGGUUGGCUUUGCGCCAGACUGGUCGCCUCGUACAGACCUCGAGCAUGCCGGAUUUUGAGGUCACGAUGCGCUCCGUCGUCAUGCUUGCCAUGUUCGAGCUUGUCAAAGGAGCCUAUCAAGGACUAGGACACGUUCAUGCGCACGUUAUGGGUGGGCUUGCUCUGUUGCGACGAUGGCUACCUAUGCCAGCGGCCGCUUUCCUCGGUGUUCGUGCAAUGGUACAGAUGUCUUAUUCUCUUUUUAUACCUGCUCACAUGUCCGCAACACCUCUGCCGGACCCCCUAUUCGAAUGGAUUUCGUUUGCAAGAACCCUCCUCGACCCAGCCGAUCAUCCUGCUACCGAUCUCGGCCCAUUGAUUGGGCGAUUCAUUCAAGCCUCAACAUACAUAAAGACUCAUGCUCUGGUCGACGGUCGUUCUAUCACAGUGUCCACCUUGAAGCAAUUAUUAGAUAUCGACGAGUCAUUCCUUAGUUGGGAACGAAACCUUGGGCCUACUUGGCGGUUUCGCGAAGAGAAAGCGGAACACCUACCGCCAGCUGCGGUAUUCGAUGGCGCGUGUCAUGUCUAUUUCGAUAUGUUUGUUGCACGGAUGUAUGGACACUACCGAUGGGCGCGGACUCUCUUGAACCAGACAAUUAUCGUAUUCAUCAAAGCGUACCCCAAAUCUAGCGCGCCCUUGAUCUCGUUGGCCGAGUACGGACAUCGAUACGAGGUCGUUAGAAAACUCGCCCGCGACACUCUCGUGAGCACCCCAACACAUUGGCGACAUCCUCUUCUCACCGAAAAGGCUGCCGUACCAGUCGAGAGACCAGGAGGGGCGGGCUCUGGCUCCGCUGGGCUUCCCGUUGUUCUGUUUCACCUUCAGGUCGCUGCAUGUGCUCCUGGUGUCCCAGAAGCAUACUGGGACUGGGUUGUGGCAGUGAUGGAGUGUAUAUGGAGCGAUAUGGGUAUUCUUCAUGCCAAGUGCAUGAUGGAUACCAUGAAGGCCUAUCGUGACUCGAUGAAGAUAAAGAAGGAAGUGGUCGAAAGCAGUGUACGGUUAUGA